AUGGCCCCCUUCUCCCGCCACCACGAUGAGGACACCGACGAGGACGACUCGGUCGACCCCGAGCUCCGCCUCCGCACCGUUCGCACUGCCGCCUCGACCAUCGCAGAGUCCAUCCGCCAGGAGCAACGCGCCGAGCGACGCAAGUCCGUCCGCAAGAAGGGCUCGCGCUUCUUCCGGAGAGACAAGAAGAAGGAUGUGCAGCCCGCACCGACGGGCACCGCCGCGCCCCACGUCGCCGGUCGUCGACGGAAUGUGUAUGUGAACGUCAACCUGCCGAUGAACGAGGUGGAUAAUCGCGGAGAGCCGAUCGCGAGGUAUGCGAGGAACAAGGUCCGCACGAGCAAGUAUACGAUCAUCACAUUUGUCCCCAAGAAUCUUUACGAGCAAUUCCGCCGUGUUGCGAACCUCUACUUCCUGGCCCUGGUCAUAGUCCAGGUCUUCUCCGUUUUCGGCGCCCCUUCACCACAGACUUCCGCCCUCCCUCUAAUCUUCAUCUUGACCGUGACCAUGAUCAAGGACGGCGUUGAAGACUACCGGCGAGCGAUGGUCGACGACGAGGUCAACAACUCGGCGGUCACGAGACUCGGCAACUGGCGCAACGUCAACCAGCCGCAGGAUCCCCGCGCAUGGUACCAGAAGAUGCUCGGGGUGCGGGCGCCGGACAAGGUGACACGCGGAGUGAAGAAGCUACGGGAGCGCGAGGCGAGUGAAGGCAAGCAGAUCGUGAUGAGCAAGGACCCGGGCGAGGACCGCAACAGCAUGAGCACGCUCCCUGCGAACAACAACAACAGCAUGGAGCUCGGCUUCUACGGCGCCGGCGGCAAGCUCGACGAUAUCCAGAGCAUCGACUCACACAGCUACCCUCCGGCGGACCCUGCGGCCGGGAACACGACCUCGUGGGGCGGCAGUACGUCUGGCUCCUUCACCGCCUAUCAACAGUCCAUCCACCCACCGGCCGCGACUGGCGUCGUCGACUACAGCAAGCGAACGCCUGGUCUGGCGCACUGGGAACGCACGCUCUGGAAGAAACUCGAGGUUGGUGACAUCGUUCUUCUCCGGGACAACGAACAGGUGCCGGCGGACCUGGUCGUGCUUGCGACGUCGGACGCCGAUAACAUGUGCUACCUCGAGACGAAGAACUUGGACGGGGAGACGAACCUGAAGCCACGCAAGGCGGUGCGGGCGACGGCGGCGAUGACGUCCGAGGAGGACAUCGAGCGUUCGUCGUUUAUCCUCGACUCCGAGCCGCCCCACGCGAACCUGUACCUCUACCACGGCGUGCUUCGGUACAAGGACCCUGCGAGUGGAGAACCCAAGCUGGACACGGUGACCAUCAACGAGCUGCUCCUUCGUGGGUGCACGCUGCGGAACACGGCAUGGGUCGUGGGACUGGUAGUGUUCACGGGUGCGGACUCCAAGAUCAUGCUCAACGGAGGUGACACUCCGUCGAAACGGUCCAAGAUCGAGAAGGAGACGAACUUCAACGUCAUCGUCAACUUCCUCCUCCUCGUCAUCAUGUGUCUUUCGUCGGCGAUCCUCAACGGCUACUUCGACAGCAAGAGCGACACAAGCGCGGACUUCUUCGAGCAGGGUGCCGAGGCGUCGCACUCGAACGUCCUCAACGCUGCCAUCACUUUCGUGUCGUGUCUCAUCGCCUUCCAGAACAUCGUCCCUAUCUCGCUGUACAUCUCAAUUGAGAUCGUCAAGACGAUCCAGGCGUACUUCAUCUCGCAGGACAUCGACAUGUACUACCAGCCGUUCGACGCGACGUGUACGCCAAAGACAUGGAACAUUUCGGACGACCUGGGGCAGAUCGAAUACGUGUUCUCGGACAAGACGGGUACGCUUACGCAGAACAUUAUGGAGUUCCAGAAGUGUUCGAUCAACGGCGUCGCGUACGGCGAGGGUGUCACCGAGGCGCAGCGCGGGGCGGCCAAACGUGAGGGCAAAGUGGAGUCGAUGUCGCCGGAGGAGCAGGACAUCCAGCUGCAGAUAUCCAAGCGGCAGAUGCUCGAGAAGAUGUCGCAGGCGUUCAAGAACCGGUACGCUCAGCCGGACCACCUCACCCUCGUCUCGCCCAGGCUCGCAGAUGACCUCGCGGACCGCACCUCGCCGCAGCGCCAGUACCUGAUCGAUUUCUUCCGCGCGCUCGCUGUCUGCCAUUCCGUCCUGUCCGACCGCUCCGACCAGAACCAGCCGUUCAAGCUCGAGUACAAGGCGGAGUCGCCGGAUGAGGCUGCGCUCGUCGCCGCGGCGCGAGAUGUCGGCUUCCCCUUCGCCAACAAGUCCAAGGACGCGAUCGACAUCGAGGUCAUGGGCCAGCCGGAGCGCUACAUCCCGCUGCAGAUGCUCGAGUUCAAUUCCACGCGCAAGCGGAUGAGCGUCGUCGUGCGCAACCCCCAAGGCCAGCUCAUCCUCUACUGCAAGGGCGCGGACUCGGUCAUCUACCAGCGCCUCCGCGCGGACCACGAUCCGGAGCUCAAGGCUGCAACGGCGCGGGACAUGGAGGCAUUCGCCAACGGCGGUCUGCGCACGCUCUGCAUCGCCUACCGGACGCUGUCCGAGCAGGAGUACAUGGACUGGGUGCGCGUCUUCGAGGCCGCCCAGAACUCCACUACGGACCGCGACGAGGAGAUCGACAAGGCCAACGAGAAGAUCGAACACUCUCUCACCAUCCUUGGCGCGACCGCCCUCGAGGACAAACUCCAGGAGGGUGUGCCCGAGGCCAUUCAGACGCUGCACCGCGCUGGUAUCAAGCUUUGGAUCCUGACGGGCGACAAGGUGCAGACCGCCAUCGAGAUCGGUUUCAGCUGCAACCUGCUCAAGAGCGACAUGGAGAUCAUGAUUCUGUCAGCGGACACGCUCGAGGCUGCGCGCCUACAAAUUGAAGGCGGCUUGAACAAGAUUGCAUCUGUCCUCGGCCCGCCGUCGAUGGACCCCGAGCGCCGCGGCUUCGUACCUGGUGCGCAGGCGGCUUUCGCGGUCGUCAUCGACGGCGACACUCUCCGGCACGCGCUCGGCAAGGAACUCAAGCAGCUCUUCCUCACGCUCUCCACGCAAUGCGAGACCGUCGUCUGCUGCCGUGUCUCUCCUGCCCAGAAGGCGUUGGUCGUCAACUUGGUCAAAGAGGGCCGCAACGCUAUGACGCUUUCAAUCGGUGAUGGAGCGAACGACGUCGCUAUGAUCCAGGAGGCGAACAUCGGGUGCGGUCUGCUCGGAUACGAGGGUUCGCAGGCAGCGAUGUCUGCGGACUACGCAUUCGGCCAGUUCCGUUUCUUGACGAAGCUGCUCCUUGUUCACGGCCGGUGGUCGUACCAGCGCGUGGCGGACAUGCAUGCCAACUUCUUCUACAAGAAUGUCAUCUGGACUUUCGCGAUGUUCUGGUUCAUGAUCUUCAACAACUUCGACGCGACGUACCUGUACCAGUACACCUUCAUCCUAUUGUGCAACCUUGUGUUCACCUCGUUGCCUGUCAUCGUGCUCGGAGCCUUCGAUCAAGACAUCAACGCCAAAGCCGCUCUUGCGUUCCCUCAACUGUACAUUCGAGGCAUCCGUGGUCUAGAGUACACGAAGCUCAAGUUCUGGAUGUACAUGCUCGACGGUCUGUACCAGUCCGCGGUGGUCUUCUUCAUCCCAUACUUCAUCUGGCAAGUCGGCAUCGCGACGUCGUGGAACGGCCGGACCAUCGAGUCGCUUUCGGACUUUGGUACGACGGUGUCCGUUGCCGCCAUCAUCUGUGCGAACACCUACGUCGGACUCAACACCCAUUACUGGACGGUCAUCACUUGGAUCAUCGUGUUCGGCUCGUCGCUGAUCAUGCUCGCCUGGAUUGCCAUCUACUCCCUGUUUGAGAGUUCUGAUUUCGUCGACGAGGUCGUUAUCCUGUUCGGGGACGUCACCUUCUGGGGCGCGGUCCUCUUGUCCGUGAUCAUCGCGCUCGGCCCUCGCUUCUUCAUCAAGUACUUCAAGAGCACCUACAUGCCUCUCGACAAGGACAUCAUCCGCGAGAAGUGGGUGGCCGGCGACCUGAAGGACCAGCUCGGCAUCACGCACAGGCGUGAGCGCAAAAAGACCACGAAGGCCGAGCAGGCGCCAAUGUUCCACAACCCGCACUACCGCUCAGAGUCGGAGCUGAGCCAGCCGGAUGAGUACGGCACCCCUCAAGGCUACACUCCGCCGACCGCACACACUCCGAACAUGGACGGCUCUCCUAGGACCACCGUUCCCCUUAUGGCUGGCGAGUCCCCGCGCCAGCUCGAGGAUGGCUACCGAUCCGCGAACCCAUCCCCCAUCCCCUCUCCGAACUCGAACCGGGGGCAGUACACCGCCAGUCCCAACUCACAACGACUGUCGUACUACUCGGCUUCGAAUAUCCCCCCUCCUUCGCCCCUUCCGGAGUCGAACCAAUUCCAUCCCUAUACCCACCACUCGUCAGCACGGAAUACAGCCUACGGGUCAGAACCGCACAUGUCCGCCGUGUCCCACACGUCCGUCACGUACAACGGACCUCCCUCUCCACACCACAACAACUACAUGACACCACCUGGGUCCGCGACACUGCAAGUGCCCGGAAUCCGCUCACCACAGCGCUCGCCGACGACGCCUCCAGAGCAGUUCGAGAUGCGCGUACGGUCGCCGCCGCACUCAGGAGAGCAGUGGGCAGGAUACCCGCAGGAGGGGCAGCGGACGCAGCCGGACCGUCUCUCGCCGAUGGGCCAGGGCCUGCACACGCCGAUGGCGACGGAGGACUCGUACGCGACGGCGCGGACGGGCUCGGACGACGACGCGUACGACGGCUUCGACGUCGUGACGCCCGUCGCCCCUCCACACGCGCACACGCACGAGCAGCAGCAGCAGACGCAGACGCAGGCGCAGGAUGGCUCGUGGCGGAACAGUACGUUCUCGUACUCGGGCCCGCACGCGAUAUAG